GCAUUGACCUGACAAUGGAAAGUAGUAAGAAGCCUGCUGAUAUUGGGCCUGCAACGUGACAAAAAGGCCGAAGCGACACAAUAUCUAGGGCAAGGCUGUAACUGCAAUAAUACAUGCUACCACCGGGGCCACCGCAAACGACAAAAUGAGUUUGGUCCGUGAAGAGUCGGGCGAUACAGAAAACGAAAUGGACACCGUCGAUAACAACAACGUAGAUGAAACCGCAACUGUAGUCGCGAAAAGACUCGCGCAACCGACGUGUAGAUCUGGCGAAAAAAUCGCCGAAUUCUCCCAAGACUUUGAUUUAGUAAACCGCGAGAGGAGUUCCUUGGACGAUAUUUUAGAAACCGUCGCGCAUUGCGACGAUGAGGAUGAAAGCGAGGCUGUGCCUCGGUCGUUCCUGGUGAACGGCGACGUCAGUAAAAAUGGCGAUGUCUUGAGCGAUACGGCGCAUGAUAGCGGUGUGGAGUCGCCGCUUGAGAACAGUAUUGGUACGGAUAGCGAUUGUGAGAAAAAAGACGAAAGUACUGAGCCGCUUGAUGUGGGUCCCGAGGAGGUACGAACCUCGUCCGAAAGCGGUACGGAGAAUCUUGUCGACGUACGCAUGAGCGUAUCUGACGAUGAGGACUCCAAGGAAGACUGCGUCAUGUUGGGUGUUGCUAAAAUGGAGCAGGAUACGGUAACCGGACUCGCGAGUGACGAGGUUGAGGAGGUUGUUAGCGGUGGUGGGGUACCACGCCCUCUUUUGGUGAACGGUGACUCUUUGGAGCUUGAUGUCCUACCAGAAAACAUAUCAGUCAUUGAAGAUAGCCAUGACAGUUGCUGCGAAUCCCGGCCGGCAUCCCGUCGACGAAAAUCCACGCCCAAAAAACGCACAUACACCCCCACUGCUUACGACGACAGCGCCAGCGACACGGACAGCUACGGUGACCUUGACCUUGACGAGGCCAUGGACGAAGCAGACGAGAUGCAUAUCAUAAACGCCAUGGAAUCAGUCGACUCUGUCGAGGAUGACUCGGCCUUGAACGACGUUGACCUUUCACAGGAGCAGACGGAUUUGUCGCGGAGCACGGAGGACGUCUCUGUGGCACUCUUGAUGCAGGAUAACUUGACGCAAGAGGCCUCACAAGUUCGUGUCCGUGGAUUACCUACGAAAGGUAAGAACAGCGCUGAAGGUCUCAAGAAAGCCGAACACAAAUGUCCCUUCUGUAACUUCGCCUACACAUCUGUUAAUUACGUCUUGUCCCACCUGUACCGGGCCCACAAUGAUGUCGAACCCGUCAUACUCAAUAACGCCAUCGCGCAGGUGACAACGUGGUAUAAGGCGUCGGCGACAGCCAAGCUUCUGGAGCAGCAGGCGGAAGGGACAUUGCUGAAUCCCGAUGAUGCAGCGAUAUCGGCACUGACAGGCCAGGCUCUAGACUGCGUGGACGGCCCGUUGAUCUCAAAUCAAGAAAGCUUCAAUCAGUUCCCAGAGUCGCAGACCGUGGUUAACGGCGUCGCCGUCAUGAACGGCGUCGCCGUCAUGAAUAACGUGGCGACGAACGACAAGGACAGUAACGACUCAUUCCAAACGCACAGCCGGCGUAUCCUUAUGACGCAGUCGUAUCCGUGCGAUAAAUGCAACGCCAAGUUCAAAAUGCACAGCCAGUUAGAAACGCACAUGAAACGACAUCGCAGUUUGACGCCAUUGCCGUGUAAUUUAUGCGGGAUGGUGUUUUUCUCGGCGGAGAAUCUCCAACAGCACAAACGCACUCACCUCAAAGAAUCCAUCACUUGUGAUACGUGCCAUGCGCAAUUCCCGGACGACGCUGCAUUCCUCGAGCAUCAGAAAACGCACAAUUUGAAACACGAUUGCGUCCACUGCGGGCGCCAGUAUGGCGACGCCCAGACGCUGACCAAUCAUCUCAAAGACCACAUCAACGAAGGACCAAUCAGAUGCGAGAAGUGCGACCUCUGGUUUGCGGAUAAGUCGACGUUGGGACAGCAUUUGCAGAUCCACGGCUCGGACCAGUUGUACCAGUGUCAGUUCUGCGCCUACACGUUUACGGAGAUGGCGGUUCUCCGCCGACACACGGAGUCGCAUCUCAAGCUGGAAAUUAUUGAACUGCUCUUAAACGGUGAAAACUCCACCAAGAAACUUUCCAAGUCAAAACUUAGUGACGUCGACAUUACGCCUGAAACGACCAAGAAAGGAACGGAAGCGAACAAGGAGAACGAUGAGAAUCUUCCAAAAGAUGGGGUCCAAUACACAUGCUGCCUCUGCCCCCUGACCUUCCCCACUGUAUCAGUAUUACUCGAUCACGUCUACAAAACGCACUCCGUAUUAAACGACAAUGUGCGAGCGAUGCAACAACUUCUUGGCCUGGCGACCGCUAGCAUGCCAUUACCCAUGACCCCGGACAUGAUGAAUGCAGCACUUUUCGCGCAGUCGACACCUGUUUUCAACCUCGCCAACCUGUACCCCCAGAUGCUACUGAACAAGCCUGUCCUUUUCGGUAACCCAAUGGACCAAUCGAAACAGAACUUUCAGAAUUUGAAUUUCGUACAGAAUCAAGGUGUCUUGUUGAAUCUACAGAGCCCGAAUUCGACGAUGACAGCACAGUCUCUGACUGCAACAAAGGACCAGAAGUCGGGGUCUAACUCGCAGAAAACCAUAUCGGAAAUCCUUAAGCCGCAGGAGCAGCAGACGUCAAAGCCGCAACAAACGUCGACCCAGUCGUUGCUUUUGACGUCCCCGCCACCCGUUUUGCAAACCAGUACGGGCUUGCAAGUCGUAGCACCUUCCGAUCCUUUGAAGUCAUCGGCCGUCAAAGUACAACAGCAAAACGGACAUUAUAUCGAUAUCAAAGUGCCGUCGUUCAAGGCGAAUCAAUCGACCAAUCAGACGCAGGGAGAGCUGUCGCCAACGUCGCAGAAAUCCCUGCUGAGCAACCACCUCCUAUUGCCAGCGAAGCGAAUCAAAACGGAAGAGCCAUCAUCGCCGACUGAGAAAACGCCGAAGAAAGGAAGCUUCGACCAGGUUGACGGGAUGUCUCCAGAUACGAAAGCGUCAUCUCCGAGUCUCCGCGCACCGCUACUCUCCAGUAUGAUCGCAAAGGCCGACUCCGCACAAGCGACUGUGACGCCCCGCCAUUUUGGAUUCGAGUCGGACGUCGAGAAGCCGUUUUCGUGCGGAGAAUGCGGCAAGAGGUUCAAGCGUAACUGUCACCUGCAACUGCACAUGAGGACGCACACGGAUGACUUACGCGCUUACAGGUGUUCGCAAUGCGGCAUGAAGUUCAUCCAACUGCGAUCUCUCGAGAUGCACCUCAAAACUCACUCCAUCGAGAAGCCGUACAACUGCCAAUUCUGCGGGAAAUCCUUCGCCCAAAAAUACAACCUGAAGCUCCACAUUCGUACGCACACCGGCGAGAAACCGUACGGUUGCGCUUACUGCGAGAUGCGGUUCGCCGAUCCCGGAUCCCUGAACCGGCACACACGUACCCACACCGGAGAAAAGCCGUACAAAUGCGAACACUGCCAGAAAAAGUUUGCGCAGAAGUACAAUCUGCAUCUUCAUCUGAGGAUACACACGCAUGAGCGACCGUUUCGGUGCGUUUAUUGUGAUAAACGUUUUGUACAGAAGAAUAAUUUGCUGCUACAUUUGAAGGUGCACGCGGAGAUCGCUGUGCAAAAUGGUGUCGCACCGACCCCGCUCGACUCGAGCGGCAACCAGAUGCAAAUCCCAGACCUGGACCCAGACGCGGGAAACCUCGUCAUCGACAUGGCGUCAAUCACCGACCAGACGACGAUACCGGACGCCGCGCUACAAAAACAGGUGGUGGAGAGUCACAUGCAGGCGGAGAACCAAUUAAAUCAGUUGAACGCCGACAACGCCAUGUUGGCCGCCGCAAAUCAGAACAGCAUCUCUUCCAUGACGUUGAUGAAUCUUUCGAAAAUCGGCGCAGUUUAGUACAGGAUAUUCCCACCAGUUGCGCCACGCUGGAGUCUUCGUUACCAGGGUUUUGCAAUGCUUCUGAAUAUUUCUCGGCGGACAUGACAUACACUUUAUUUAAUGGUACGUCCUUCGGUGUCUUACCGACUUAUAUUAGUGCAUUUAGGUUUCGUUUAUGUUUGAGAGUGGUCCUGUCGGUUUCAUCAUGUUUGCAGAUGGUUUGUUUAUUUCUCGAAAAGAAACAUUCUUGUCUUACAUACGCUAUUGGACAGAGUUCAAUGCCUGUCGGUGUUUUUUGCUCAAAUCCCACAUGGUUUGCGUACCUGGUAUAUCUAUGUGAAUGCUUGUACAAAGGCCUUGACAAGGCCAUUAAAAAUAUCCCAUCUGUGGCCCCGAGUGCAUCGAACAGUGUAAAAACCCUCACCCCAUGCAGGCCCAAUGGUGCUGCCAUCUGUGAGAGGUUACUAUAACUGAAAAAUAUCGUCUUCAGAGUACUGAAAUCUUUGAAAGAGAUCAUGACCUUUUUCCUUCUAAUCAUGUAGCGUUGAAGAAUUGAAGGGGAUUUUUUCACCUGAGCACAUUAGCCUACUUUUACAUAUUGACUGCGCUAGAAAUUUUUGCUUCUCAUUUCUUGUUUAUAAGUUCGACGCAGAUCAGUUAGUUAGAUUCGGCCUGAUGAACAUGUGGACAGUUGGGCUGCAUUCGGAAACUCCCUUAUUGGAAUAUGCAUCAACAGCCUUUAUACGGACCAAGGUGCCUGAAGAGCCUUGUGUUGCAAAAUGCAAAAUCUCUUUAACCCUUUUUCACUUGGUAUCUUUUUAGGCAAGAAUCCCCUCUGUAAAAUUUGAUGAAAUUUGGACCACUCUCUGCUUCUGAUCUCAACUUUUCUAGCGGGCAGCGUAAAAAUUUUUAAGCAUUUAAUCAUAACUUAUUCAAGAAAAUGACAAUGGCAUUUAAUUACAUGUAAUGGUAUUUAAUUUGAGAUAACGAGGUAAUUAGCAUGACCGGUUAAUUAGCUUAGCUAGUUGAUUUAAUUAGAUUAACUACAUAUGUAGUAAUUUAGCUGUAUCAGCGUACUGCCAAGACGAAUUUAUACUCAAACCUAUUGUUAUAGUUUAAGUUAUAGAGGACUUAAACACGCUUUUGUUUGAUGUAAAAUUAGUUUUUUUUCAAACUUGAUGAUAUUCAAUGCAUUUACGAUUGUAUUUAGUACUCAUAACUGAUGAUAGGUGGCAUACUCAACGUCACUUAUGGUUACGUAGAUUGUGUUGAAAUCGACAUAGAUUUGAAAAGUGAAAUUAGUUAUGCUCAAGGGAUAUAACGUACAAAUUAAAUUUUGUCAUCGAUUUGACAACUUGGUCUCAGUUUCAACAAAAUUAGAGAAGAAAUUUUUUUCAAGCUGUAUUAAUAUAACGCUUAUAACUAUCAUUUAAUCAUACUAGGCCCGCGUUUCAGAAUUCUGCAUUUAAUUCAUGAUAUACUAUAUUGUCUAUAUUAACCCUAUACUGUGACAAUGAGAUUUUUGUUUGAGAUUUCAGAAGCAUUGCAAGAAAUUUGUACGAAUUUACUCGCGUGGAAUUCGCAACUGUAGUAACAGCAAGUGUAACCUGGGACCCAGCGAUAUAUCGUGAAGUGUUAUUUCAUCCGACCUUAUCAAGGUCAUCUGUACCGUUUGUGACUUUGACAGAUGAUGGUGUUUGAGGCGACCAACUUGGGGAGUGAGCAAGCGACAAAAAUUCGAAUUUUAGAAGAAAAAAAUUAAAAAAUUUCAAGAAAAAUUCAUAUUAUAUUUAACCUCGGAUCAUUGGUGGUCAAUUUGUGGUAACUUUUGACAAGGAUUCCAAUGCUGCCAUUGUUUUGAAAAAAUCUUGGGAAAUUUUUGGAAUUUUUCGUGAAAUUUUCGCUUUGCUCCCUCCUUAUAAAGCCUUCAAGGGUUGGAUGAAAUAAACUUCGACAAGAAUCAACAUUCCAAUGACUAAUUAGUAUUUAUAAUUGAUUGAUUGACAUGUAUUUGAUUGACAGGUAUAAUUAACUUUGAUUAAUUUAUAUGUUGGAUUGACAAUUCAGUUUCCGACCUGUAGAAUUUUCCGCAAAUUACGCGAUAUUUAGAUAACGUUAGUUUGUAGUUUUGACGCAAGUAAAUCCUGGUGAUUUUUAUAUGCACCCCCUGGUGUUUAUUUUAUGAACCACUCCCCGAAUGGAACAGUAUUUGAUUAGUUGAGUUUUUGUUAUGUGCUGAGUGUUUGUAAAUUUUGUGUUCGCAUCAACCUGUCACCCCUAUUUAAACAAUGAACUGGACCAUUUCCAUAUGAUAUGAGUGUGAUGGGGCCUAUAAGAGGGGUGAUAGUGUAUAUUUUCCUCCACCGAUCGUAAUAUAGCCUUAGUUGUAUAUAAAUUGUAAAAUGACAUGUUUGUUAAAUGUGCUUUUGGAUGUCCAAGUUACCUAUCACCCCUAUUCUCGCCAUAGACUCAACCACUUUAAUAUGACACGAGUACUUUGGGUCCAAUUAGAGGGGUGAUGGGUGUAUUUUGUGUUUUACUUUGAUUGACAAAUUUUGGAUUGGAUGAUGUGUUCAUUAGAGUUGGAAAACCCACCGUAAUUUAUUGAUUAUUACGCCAUGCAAACCAGGAAAGAAUAUUCGUCAUUUGUUCGAUUGUAAAAAACCCACCACAGGGCGCCAAUUUUUGGCCCGCAGUUCAAAUUGAGAUUUAACCAGAAUACAGCAUUUAAUUUUCAUUUUUGCUUUAAAUCACAUUUACUCCAUGAGCCCACCGUUCAAUGUAUGAGAAUUUAGUUAAAUUAUUUUGAUAAUUAAUUAAUUAAUAAUGAGUUAAUUAGCAAAUUCGUUUUACCCAGUUGUGUUCUCUGUUAUGCAUUUCUGAUGUGUUCAUGUUACCAUGGUAACGACUGCAUUUAAAUUACGAAGCUUUAAGAUUUUUUUGGUCGAAAAUACUGCCACAAACUUUUCGGUUCUCAAUAUAUGAUAACAUUGUGAUCAACGCGUUCAAAGUAUUCAAUUUCAAAACUUGGACAACAGAAUAGGAUGGUUAAAUUGUUUGUUUUAUCUUCCAAAUUUUGUGCAGGAAAUUGCAAUUAUUGUCAGCACAAAGAAUUCCACUUGCCUGUCAUUUUCCUUGUUAAAGGCACGCCGUUCGUUAAAUAUUUGAAAUUUGAGUUCGAAUUUGAACAUUUCAAAUUCUGUCAAUAAGUACAGAAUAUAAAUUUCGACACUGCCAUUGUGUUGAAAGAUACACAAAUACUAUAAAUACCAAAUUUCAGCUAAAUCGUAUCCAAAAUAACUGCACUAUUCUAUUUUCCUGCAUCACCAGUGACUAUCAACGGCCUACCCCUUUAAUUAAAGGACUAGCAUCGGUAUUCGAACAACAUAAAAGUAUUGCUUACAAAGGCAACAAUAUUGCAUUUAGUAUUAACCCCUUUCUUGCCAGAGCGUCUCAGUAUUGAGAUAUUGUUUCACAUUAUAAUGCAGCGUUGAUUUUAAACGGUUUGUCUGAGAUUAUUUUGGGCUUCUUGAAUUCUAUAAUCCCGAGUUUUGGGUUCAAAUUGGUGAUUAUGGUGGGUCGGCUGCAAACGACUAAAACUUUCCACUUAGAAUAGCACCAUUGAUUUAUUUUGCCUAUUUAGUAUUGACGGUUGUUUGAAAUCAAGUUGGGUAAAUUUGAUUGGUUUCUAAGGUAAACAAAUGGUUGCUAAGGUAAACAAAUGGUUGCUAAGGUAAACAAAUGGUUGCGAAGAUAAACAAAUGGUUGCUAAGGUAAACAAAUGGUUGCCAUGUAAAGUGGUUGUUAUGAAUUGGGAGUCGAAGUUGAAAAGGAUAAUCUUUCGAGAAAAUAAUUUAGAUUUUGGAAGUCUAUAAUUGUCUCUCUGUGUCGUCGUGCAGAAAGUUCAAAAUAAUGACAUUUGUGAUAGUUGAUUAACGUUAGUAUUAUCAAACCUGUGUCACGUUGUUUUCAAGCGAAAGUAUUGUCCGAGCUCACCGCUAGGGGGCACUGUUGUCCAUUCCAUAAAUAUUUACAGGAACCCAAACCUUGCUUUGAGUGUCCCAGCCCUCGAACCUUGCCACCCUAAUAUUUUGAAAUGGACCAUUCUACCUAAUGCAGCCACGAUACGGGAACAGUCCACUUUGUACAUUUGAAGGGGUGUUCGCUCCGAUGAUUUUAGCAUUUACUGAUUUGUACAGAAUGUGUAUAUUAGAUAUGAUUUUGUAUUUGUGUUUACUUGUGUAGAUAAGUUCAGUUCAAGAUGACCAGCAUUUAAUUUCUUUUUGAAUGCAUUUUAUUGCUCCUUAUUACACUGAUGUAAUGUUCAAUAUUUGUACAAGUCUUUUUUUUUCGUUUUUACUAUUAUCUUAGCGCUAUAUUUUGUUCAGUAGCAUUUAAUUCAUUUUCUUUCACACUUUUGUGUCUUUGUUUGUAACGUCUGUUCAAUUUUUUGUGAAAUUUGUAUCUGUUGCCAUGGAAACAGUAUUCCGUUGCUAUGGCGAGAGUAGAGUUGCCUUAUAGUUCGGCGAAAUUUGUGAAGUAAUAUAGGGGGCAGUCCGACAGUCCAAGUCAGUCAAACUUUGGAACUUUAAAAAAAAAUUGGCCACAAAAUUAUUUUUAUACCAGGUGACUCAAAAAAGAUUUUCAACUUAUGAUUUUGAGUAACUCCCAAAAUUUCAACCUCAAUUGAAUGAAUUUCUGCAGAAGCAGCUUGGGUCAAUACACUUUGAUCUCAUCGCGUGCAGAGUUAUGGCGUAAUAGACAUUUGCAUCUCAUGUAUGUGAGUUAUUCAAAAUCAAAAGUUGGAAGUCUUUUUUGGAUCACCUAGUACAAGUAAACAAGGGGUCACCUCAGAACACUUUAUCUGAACCAGCGUGGGCAUACUUUAUUCAGGAUCUCAACUUUGUGUUAAAUAUAAAUGUUACAUGUCCUCGGCUUUUGUGUUGUAAACUCAUAAUCUUUCGUCAUUUACAAAUUUUAGAAUUUGAAUCCGCACUUAUCACUGCUCUUUUCAAACGCAACAUGAAAACUUAUAUUUACUUGUCUGUAUGUCCGUCUGAGUGUCCGAUAAUCUCCACGUGAUUCGUACAUUUGGCAAUGCCAAAUUAAGAAAUGUAAAUUGUAAAAACUUGGUGUUGAUUUCGUUAAAAGCCUGGCAAGCGCCUACUUAGGAAGACCUGAGAUGCAGAUUUGAUGAACAGGUUGCUAGGCAACCACUGGAAACACUUUACAUGACUUUCGACUGGUCAUUUGAAAUUAAGAAUAAAGUUUUAAUUGAAUUAUACAAAAGACAAAUAUGUUACAGAAGCUUGGAUCUAUGUUGAAUAAGAAAAUUUUGGAAAUAUUCAACAAAAAAUUAAUUUUUCUGAUAGUUAAACGGAAGAAAAAUGAACAAAUUCGUCAUGCCAGUUUAACGUUUGUCUAUCUCUGUGCUCCAGUGGUUGUCUCGCUGCCGGCCAUGUCACUUUCAUCCCGGGUCUAUAAAUAAACAAAUGUAAACAUAAUCAUUGUUUUGUCGUCCACGUCUUGUGUUACUAUGGUUACUAUAGUUGCCAUGGCUACCAUAGUUGCUAUGGCUACUAUGUAAUAAUUGUUGGUUUUUUUCAACUCUUUUAAUUCAUAUACAGUAAUUAUAAAAUAAUGAAUUUAAAACCUUUUCUUUGGUAGGAAGGCGAUUAAUUAUCAAUGACCAUAUUGACUUGGCCUAGAUUUUCUGGGUUGCCAUGUGACGGUUCACUGUUCAAUGUAUUCAUGCACUGCAGAAAGUAGUUCCGCCAAUUCUUAGAAGACGUGGUUGAAUUUGUAAAGACGAGAACCUGUGGGAAGAUUUCAGUUGUUUUUGUGCGGCCACCAUUUUGUCGUGGUUGGUUGAGACGGUUGUUUUCUUUUUCAAAGCCUGGUUCGGGGGGGGGGGGAUCAUCCACGUUUCAUGAAAGAAAAAAGCUGAAAAUUGUCGUGGGCGUCUGUCUAAUUCAACUGUCGCAGUCCUGAAAAUUGUUGCGUACCAACUUCAAAUUUCUGUCAUUGUUUUGUUUUUCGCUGUAUGCAAAAUAAAUUCGCCCACCGAUUUAUUUUUAGGCUGUGUAUAUUAGCACACAGGUUGUAUUUUGGUGGUAGAUAUAGACUACCAGUGUAGCAGUGGGUCGUUUUUAGUAAAACAUAUUUUGGUCACACAGUUAGGCGGAUCACUGAAGCUGGAGGGCACUUCGUAGUGUGCACAGUUAGGCAGUUAUAAUGCCUAACUGCCCAUUUUGGUCACAAUGCCCUGUUUUUGGUCACACAGUUAGGUAGAGUUUAGGUUAGGUAGAUUUUGCUGCAUAGUUAGGCAGAUGUUGCGCAGUUAGGCAGGUUUUGUUGGAUUAUCACCGAAGUUGACAAAUGCUGAUUAAUUUAUUUUUGUCGGAGAUUUUUAAGACAUAGUCAAGGUGAAAGAAUGUUUGAAGAAAGAAUUCCUCGAAAUUUCUACGCUAAAUUCUCUCAGCUUUCUUUUUAAGAUCCAAGCAGAUUUGAUAGUAUCACUCAGUGUUACUACAGUUUGUGCAGCUUCAUUUAAAGGCUCAGUACACCUAUUAACACUUGGUAUUGAACAUACUUACCCACUCGAAAGUAUAAAGUUGACAUUCACAUGCCUUUUGUACAGUUGUAAAGAAAAUAUUUUUUGUGCAUUUUUUCGCUUCAAUCACUGAUCAAGAAAUUCUAAUUGAAGUGGUAAAUAUUUAAUUUCACGGGGGUACUGGGCCUUUAAGUUUGCCUCCAAUCUUUUUCACAAAGUCUGUUCUGUUCAAUCAAAGUUUCCAUCUGAAAUCUAAAACCCUUAAAGGGCUACGCCGUUAUUUAAAAAUUUGAAAACUUGUAAUUGAAUUUGAAAAUUUCCAAUGGCGCAUAAAUACAUAUUGAAUAUCAAUUUCAACAUUGUUGUGUUUAGACAGAUACACAAAUACUAUCCAUACCAAGUUUCAGCAAAUUUGCAUGCAUGAUAACUGCACUAUGGCAUUGUGUUUAACUGGGGUUUUUUUUACCUGGCCAAUGAUGAAUUAUGAAUGGUGUAGUCCUUUAAUUAGGUAUAGAAUUUCUUAGAAUUUCUGUUGCUGUAAAACAGUCCAAACUAUCGACCACGAAAUUCUGAUUCUCAUCUCUGUCGAAAAGAAAAUGGACGAGAACGGGUUAACUUUUGUCGCAUCACUUGAACGCACCAAUUAUGUUAAUUAAUUUUCCUGUGCUGACCAAUCGCAAUUGAGUAAUUUUACGCACAUCUCGUCAAGACUAAUGAGAUUUGAUAAAAAACAAAUGUCGUAGCGUAUUAGUUGUAUUUUUCGGCACCUGGCGCGCCGCUAGUGAAAUGUCCGCAUCGGUGUUGUGUAGAUUUCGGAAUUUCAAUCCGAUUAUAUUCAUGAAUGGUAUUAAAUAAUCCUGAAAAGAGUUUUCGAAUCUUUUGAAGUCUUUUCAGAUCUUUUGAAUAAAUAAGUGAUAGGACUAUUUCGACGUGUAAAUGCACACAUGCUUGUAUAGUAUAAAUUCCACGGGCAUGUGGUCUAAGCAUAUUUGUAAGUUUAGACCACACGCCCGUGGCCCCUAAGUAUUAUCAUUGGACAAGAUCUUCCACAUUUUAAACAGCUGUUGUUGGUCAGGGGCUGUUCAAUUGUCGGUAACACCCCCUCUGCUGUUGGAAAUGUCUUUUGCACAAGUUUUCUUUGACACAUAGAGGUAUCAUUGCUUAUAAAUGUAAACAAGCUACAAAAAAGGUUCUGAAGUUCGUGGUUUUGUGACUUCUGCCUUUAGGUGAUUUGCAUCAACAUAUCUUGACAAUUUUUGAGGGGGUGUGACUGAGAAUAGAACAGCCUAGUGUAUUGGGUGUUGUGCGUUGAUGUUGUCAGAAUCGUAUAGAAAAUACCCACCAAGCAAAACUGAUAAUCAUGAUUGACAUGAAAGUCUAAUUAGGUUAGAUUUACAGACAUAAUUGACAGAUGUGAUGUUGCCAUGGCGACGAAGAAGGGAAUGGUCCCACCGUUACUUUUGAGACACCUUUAUGAACAACAUAGUUUCGUUGACCUCAGUUUGAAGGUCAAAAAUAUAAAGCCAAGGUCACCACCGUUUGUGAACAGGUCACAUGACCUAUUAUGCAUGCAUUAGACUUUAUUGAUUAGUUUCUCAUUAGAACACUAGAUGGCUCUGCGUAUCAUACAUGCAGUGCUGCCACCUUUAUUGGCUUCUAAUUGAUCUCCUAAUUUAUUGUUGUGCAAAUAUUCUUUCGAUAUUACGAAAAUUAACAAGUUGAUGUUGUCCUAAUUAGCCUAAUUAAUUAAUUAAUUAAUCAAUAGUCAACAACAAGAACAUACAUAAGUAGUUAAUUCUGUGUACUAAUUAUCCUGCUGUCAACUGGGAAAUUUCUUAACCUUUUCACCCUCAUUUACUCGCAUGGACUCUUCCAGUUAAUGCUUUGGAAGAGUUCAUUCCUGAAACUGGGGGUACAGCUUGAUGACAAUUCUGAAACACCUUGGUUUCAAUGAUGUAUUGUUUUCUAUGUACUUUACACUGUGCCUCGUUUUCGCUGCAGCGGUUUUGGUUUUUGACCGUGACUGCUUUGGUUGGUAUAGAAAAUAUGUAAAGGGUUAAAAGUGAUUUAAAUUUUUUUGGUUUUUGAUUCGUAACUGGUAUCUCACUGUCGGUAUUAUUGACCAUACACCAUUCAAUUUGAGAUGCCAUUUUGCUGUCAGCAAGACAUCACAGUUUCGUCUACAUUUCAGCUCCACUCUGGAGAUAGCGACAGUGAGGUUCUGAUUCUGUCUACCAGCCAUGGCAGACAAUUUCCUUGCUAUACCUGUGUUGAAAAAUAGUAAAUAAUCCUUGUGAAAAUUUUCCGGUUGACAGCAAAACAGAUGGCAUGUUUGUGUUAUGCUAAAAUGCCUGAAAUAUCCAAGCGAACAUAUUUUUGGUGUUCAAACAAACUUCUACGCCGACCUAAUACUCCAUUAGUGCCCUUGAACUCCGACCUUUGACCUCAUAAUACCUUAACCUUGACCCCGCAUUUGAUUUGACCUUGAAUCCUUGUGCCCAGGCGUGCAGUAUUACUGUCCCUGGGACAAGGUUAUUCAAGUUCAACUUGUGGAUAGUGUGUUACGAAACUGAAAUGAAUCCAUUAUUUCAACAUUCCAAUCAUAGAGUCCACCUAGUGGGCAAAAAUAUCACUAAAUUUCAAAGUCCAUGUCAGAGGGCGCCACUCACAUUUUGUGUCUUUAAAGGCAAAGUCUAUUCAUAGGUUUGUUUACAUUGUGUCCCCUGAUAAGAGAGAAGUUCACAAGCCCACUGUGCAAGCUGACUGAAGUCAUCAGAACAAUGGAAGCUUGACCUUCGUCAGGGUCAUUGUGUAGUUCACAUGCCCUUUAUGCAGUUACUGUGCAAAAGGCAAAUUGGUCUUUGCCAAUUAUGGAAUUUCCAUGCAUUUGUGUGCUUACCGCUUGACGCCAUCUGUUACCGAUGGGUGGACUUUGCCUUUAAUAAUAAGGUUCCCUCUCAGUACUACUGAAGAACCUCUCUAGUAAGGACACCCUUGAGUCUGACAGAUGCUGUCCUUGAUAAGGAGGUGUCUGGAUUACAGAGGUGGAAUCUUAUAGAAUCAAUUUUGGACCAAAAUCACCGUUCAGAAUAGAGAAAGUGUCCUGUUAAUGGAGAUAUAUCCGCUGAGGGUGGUAACUGUCUUUGCCCCUCUUGGCGACUGUUAGACGCACAUUUGUCUGGGCGAAUUGGUAGUUCGUCCGUGCUGCGCGGCAUUGCAUGGCGAUGCCUGAUUUUUUCCAGCACCUGCCGGGUUCAUUGUAAACCGUAGCUAUGUUUAGCUCUAGAGUUGUGCUCUAAUAAAAUGUGUUGUCGAUAA